CGAGCGACGUUCGCGUCCAAGACGCGCGCGGCGUCGUCGACCAAGCGCGCGACCGCGGUUCGCGCGGCGUCUAAAUCCACGAUGACCGUGGCGGAGAUCGCGAAGAGCGAACGACCGAUGAAAAUUGUUUUCGUGUCCGCGGAAUGCGCGCCGUGGUCGAAGACCGGUGGCCUCGGUGACGUCGUGGGAUCGUUGCCGGUGGAGCUCGCCAAGCGCGGGCACAAGGUGAUGACGAUCUCGCCGCGUUACGAUCAGUACAAGGGCGCGUGGGACACCUCCGUGCACGUCGAAGCGCUCGGUAAGUCUGUUGGCUUCUUCCACGAGAAGAAGAAGGGCGUCGAUCGCGUGUUCGUCGAUCACCCCGACUUCUUGGCCAAGGUUUGGGGUAAAACCGGCUCCAAGCUUUACGGCGAAAAGUCUGGGCACGACUUCGCGGACAACCAAGAUCGCUUCGCGAUGUUCUGCCACGCCGCCAUCAAGGCGCCGGCGGCGCUCACCGAACUCGGUUUCGGCGAAGACGUCGUCUUCGUCGCAAACGACUGGCACUCCGCGCUCGUCCCGGUCAUCUUGAACAAGGUGAUGAAGCCGGCGGGUCAAUUCACCAAGGCCAAGUGCGCGAUGACGAUUCACAACAUCGCGUUCCAAGGUCGCUUCUUCCCGCAACCGAUGGCCACCUACGGCUUGCCGGACUCUGCGGCUGACGACUUCUUCUUCGAAGACGGUUACUCCAAAGUGUACGACGAAACCAACCCGGCCAAGGAAGACGGCAAGGAGGAAUUCGACGGCAAGAUUUACCGCAAGGCCAACUGGCUCAAGGCGGGCUUCAUGAACGCCGACAAGAACUUGACCGUGUCCGAAAACUACGCCAAGGAGAUCGCAUCCAGCAAGGCUAAGGGCGUUGAGCUCGAUGACGUCAUCCGUGAAUUCGGUAUGGAAGGCAUCGUCAACGGCAUGGACCCGACCGAGUGGAACCCGUCGAGCGACAAGUUCAUCGACGUCCCGUACGACAAGACCACCGUCGUCGAAGGUAAGGCUGCCGCCAAGCAAGCGCUCCAAGCUGAAGUUGGCUUGCCGCUCGAUGCCGAUGCGCCGGUCUUCGGCUACAUCGGUCGCCUCGAAGAGCAAAAGGGCUGUGACAUCAUGAUGGCUGCCAUCCCGAAGCUUUUGAAGCAAGUGCCGAACGCGCAAGUCGUCAUCUUGGGUACCGGUAAGAAGAGCAUGGAAAAGGCUCUCGAAAAGCUCGACGAAGCCGAACCCAUGUGCGCGGGUGUCGUGAAGUUCUCCGCCCCGUUGGCGCACUUCAUCACCGCCGGUGCCGACUUCUUGAUGGUUCCGUCCCGCUUCGAACCGUGCGGUUUGAUCCAACUCCACGCCAUGCAAUACGGCACCGUCCCGGUCGUCGCCUCCACCGGCGGUCUCGUUGACACCGUCAAGGAAGGUGUCACCGGUUACCACAUGGGCGCCAUGGACGCCGACACCCUCCUCCCGGCGGAUGUCGACGCGAUGGUUGAGACGUGCGCCGCCGCCGCCGCCGAUUACGGUACUCCGCUCUACACCAAGAUGUCCUCCACGUGCAUCUCCCAAGACUUGUCUUGGGCUGAGCCGGCGAAGAAGUGGGAAGGUGUGCUCGAAGAAAUGUACUUCGGUACCCCGGAGGCGGUCAAGAAGGCUGAAGUCGUCGUCCCCAUCGCCAAGGCCGACGCGAUCGCCGCGACGGCUUAAGCUCUCAAGUCUCCUGAUUCUGUUUCACACAA